GUGUGUGUAUGUGUGUGUGUGUGAUUGCUAGUGGUGUGUACUGCCCAUGUUCACCAGAGCAGAGGCUGCCUCAGUGUGGAAAAGUUACAGACGUAAAGCUCCUAAACUCCAUACUGGAAUAUCUCAGAAACAUGGAAUAAAAUCUCAUUUACCAACAAGAGUCUGGUGAACUAGACUUCAUCAGGACAGUAAUUCGAGGACUGCACCCCUCCACACUGCCAGAAAACCCUGAGACAGAGGGCUUUGAAGAGAGGAGAUACCCAACAAACAGCUGAUGUCCCCCUGACUGUUGUACAGAUUAUUGUUUUUACGUUCCUGGGUUUUAAAAGACGUUUGGUCUGACCUUUCUGAAGAACAGGCCUGUGAGUCUGUGAAUCUGAAUUUUGGGAGCAGAGUGUCAAGGAGACAAAGGAACAUGGCAAAAGAAAGCCUUCGAUCACGGCUCAGAGAGGGAUAAAUUAACAAGUCUGUCUGGAGUGGUCUGGACAGAGGGUGUUGUGCCAUCUUACUCUCAAGAGCACACUCUCAAGAACACACACUGAGAGGGCAGAGGUUACUGAGUGGACCGGGAUUAAGGGGGUACACAGUCUGACAAAUUAGGCAUGAAAAUUAUUUCUUUAUUUUAAAACAACAUUAAAACUUGUAAUCAUUUCACAGAGAUAUUAUCCGCUGACUUUUUAAGGCUUUUUAAUCUUUUACUGCUUUGUUAGGAAUUGUGCCUCUGGCUGGAUGAGACAGGAGGUUUCUUAGGGACACCAGCACAGAUUCUUUGUUAAUCCAGACUUGAAUUAUACUUAGUACACAGCAAACAGAAGGAUUGUUGAAGUACUUCUGGCUAAAUAGAACAACAUACCUGUAACUGAGCUGAGCUAUUCUCCGUAUGAGGGCAAGAGACCUACUGCUGUGCAGGAAAAGAAAAAUUUACUGCUCUUAAAAGCGUAGUCUGUUAAAAUAAAACACCAACAUUCGGUGCAUGGGCAAGAAGAAACUAAGGGCUGGUUGAGAGUUGACGUAAUGCUGUUGGAGCGCUGUAAUAACUCAUUAAUGGAGUCAAACUAACAUGUGUGGGAGGCCAGUCUCAGUGGAAAGCUCAUAAAAUAGACGGGCCUGUAAAUGUGUGCUACUUUGUCAAAAUAUUUAAAAAGCAAUGACCAUUACAAAUUCCAUCGAACAACAAAAGAACACUAAGGCAGGACAGUGUAUACUGAUUUUAUGAGAAUAUUUUAAGAUUAAGCGUAAGGUGUUUUUAUUUGACUCAUAGCCUUUUUUGGUUUUGAUAUUUAAUAUUCACAAAUAAGGUCUGUUUUUUUUUUAGACAUUUUUUAAAUCUGAUAUUGUGAAAGUACUUUUGCAAUACGUAUUGCAAACGAAAGACCGAAGAUACUGACCAGCGUUAGUUGCAAAACCAAAAAUAGUUCUCCCUUUGACUUAAGGUCUUUGAACGAGAAGUUGUUUUUUAAAGGAAGGGAAGUGGACUUUAGCCUGGAGGAUUUGGCAUAGAACCUAACUUAGUUUUCAAAGCAUAAAAUCAGCAGAAACCUGCAAUUAUUUAUGUAGCCAAGUGCUACCCACUCAUACCACAUGCACCACGUCACUUUCUUUUUUUUGCAGAAACGAAGUUUGCAGAAAUUUUCUUAACAUUUGAUCUUCCUCAACAUACAGCAGCAGAUGCUCUCAAACCCAUCGGAGAUGGAAUAUAUGGAUCCGAUCCUAAACCACAAAGAUCUCUGCAGCCGGAAUUGGAUUUAUUUCUGAACUGGUGUUUUCUAAACCAAAAACCCAAAACAACUGUGCAGCCCAGUUUCUCUGACCACAUACCCCUCUGAGGAUUCCAGGAACUGGGGACAUGAGUAUUUUCAUCUCGCAUCUAUCUCAGUGGGAUCAUUUUGGAUAUAGACAGCAACCAGUGGCAAAAAUCUUUGUGUUCAUACUUAUGGAAAAUCCUCUCUGAGAAAAACUUCACUCAGCUGCACCUUUUUUUAGAUUUCUUUUUUAGAGAAGCCCUGAGCCAUGCAUAAUUUUGCAUGAAUGGUAAUGUGUGGAUAAUUUCCUGUCGAGCUAGGCCAGAUUCUUUCGACUGCAUAGAACACACAGAAAACUCGCUGGAACACCUAGAGUUUCAGUUGGAAUACUAAUAUUGGAGAUUUUGUUGUACUUUCCUGUGGUUUUAUUGUAAGCUCAAAAAACUCAGCAGUCAUGAACUUGGGCAAACUGUCUGGGCUGAAGGGCCUGGUUUCUCACUCCUCAGGGAGGCGACGCUUUAAGGGUGAUUUGACUCCAGACAUGAUCAGUCCGCCGCUGGGAGAUUUCCGCCACACCAUGCAUGUGGGCCGUGGGGGAGAUGUAUUCGGGGACACCUCCUUCCUCAGCAACCAUGGUGGUGCAGGGAACAACAGUGAUGGAGACUCCAUCACCGCUUCAGAGAAGAGCGAGGGCUUCUUCUCACGCACCCUACGGCAUGUCCGCAAGACUCCAGAUCGGCCGCGGGGGAGUUCCAGAGACCUUUCUCCUCCACCUCCACCCAUCUCCCCUAUCAUUAAGAAUGCAAUCUCCCUCCCUCGCUUGGAUGUGGACUCACCCAAUGGCUGCCCUGUGAAGGUGCUGUUUCCUAACACACCCAAGCAACCUGAAGACAGCACCUUAUCAUAUGGUGUAGAGUCCGGUUUUGUCACACUGCCCAGGCUGUCACGCUCAGAGAGACCUGUGCAGAGCGCAUCUCCUCCAUCCUGCUCUGCUGAGAUACACCGUGGCUCUCUCACAGAUCUGACGCACACCCUCACCGUCCCCGACUCACUCAGCCCAUCUGACUCCAUGAACUCCUUCACCGUCGACCUCGGCCCCUCGCUCAUGUCAGAAGUCUUUGCCAUGAUUGAUAGGCCUAGUGUCCAUGUGGAAGCCAAUAACCUCUCUGAAGUGGAGCACACUCCUGAGCCCUGGGCCAAUGGUGACACUGAAAUGACCUCGGACACCAGAACCUCAUUGGUGGAUUCACUUCUCAGAGAGGAUUCAGAGGGCCGGAGUCGCCUUUAUGGAGUAGAGUGGGGGUGUGGGGAUGUGAUGAACGGAAAAUCCGUGAAACCAGUUAUGGUAGGUGAUCUUGUGCGCUCCUACACUGCCAAGGAGCACGGCAUGGAGGCCAAAAGGUUCCAGGAGGCUGCAGAUGUGCUGGCUCGACAUUACGGCAGUGGAACAAACAGGAAAACUGACACGAGCAUCACCCAGAGGAGACAACCUUACACUUACCCUGACGAGGAGGAAGAGAUCAAGGUCUAGCAUGAAAGAUGAAUAACCUUGAGCUUUACAUUUUUGUUGUGCCAAAUUUAACAGAAGUUUUGAACAAAGAAAUUUGUAAAUAGUACUAUUAAUCAAGCUUCUCUCUUGCUCUAUGAUUGUACGCUGUUGAAAGAAGAGAAGCAGAGGACAUGAAGUUUAAAAAAAAUGCAGAUGAAGAGUCUGGGUUCUCAUAAAUUGUGGCUGUGGAAGGAUGUUGAAGUAUCUGAUGGAUGCUGGAAUAUGUUUUUAGCUUAGAUGUGGAUAUGAAACAUGUACUGCGUGUUUGAUUGUGACAAUCAGUGAACAAAUUGACCUCAUUGCUAUUAUUUUCCUAUUCUCUUUGAAUAUGAGCAAUACGAACAUUGAACUCUAUGUGAAUGACACGUCUCUUUGCCAGUGCAUGAGCUACAGUAAGAAAGGCUAAGCUAACCCCUAACUGGUACAGUAUAUAUGACAUUUACACCAGCACUCCUAUUUGUAUGUUCCAGAGAUUUACUACACAUAAUUCUCCAUGUAGACUCUGUGGCUCUCAUUGCCUGUGUUAUACAUAAACCUUAUUACAGACAUAUUUUAUGUGGAAAACAGCUGUCAUAUUAUUAUGAAAUGCAUAAAAGUAUUCCUAUGCAUUUCACUUUAAUACUCUAGGCUGUGAUAUAUGA